GUGUCUGGGUGUCUGUCCCGUCUGUCCCGUGUGUCCCCGCCGCCGCCGCUCACCCACCACAGCCGUAUCCUCGCAGAUAGGCAGUGAACCGUCCUCAGCCAGCCUCAGUCUCUCUCCGCUCCACCGGUCCACCGGUCCACCGGUCCCGGGCUGGUCUGGUGCGUCCCGUUGCGCACAGCACCGUUCGUUCCCAACACCAACUGCAACACUUCACCAGCGCGCUCUGGAUUUCUUGCUGGAAAAGAGAGCUACAACUUUACGAGUCAGUAUGUGUCAUGCGUGGAUGACAGAGGAUCGGUGACAGGAAGUCUCGGGGGAGUUCAGGUCCAGCAGGAUCAGGGACAGGACGAGUCUUGGCUAACCCCCCCACACCACCACAGCUCCCAGAGCAGUUUGCGCAAAGGUGAUCCAGCGAAAGGAUUCUUGACCGGACGCACGGAUAUCACAUGGAUUUCUUUACCUGCUGUCAUCUAUAUGAUGUUACCUAUUAUUCUUUGAGCUCUUGUUAGUUGCUCUCCCCUCCACUUCACUCCCCCCCCCCCCCCCCCCCCCCCAAAAAAAAACUUCAUCCAGUGGAUCACUGUGAGAGCGACAGGAUGGGACCGCAGACCGGAGCAGCUCUGCAGAAACACACGCUCCUGUGGUUCAUUGUAGUGUCUCAGUGUGUGUCGGUCCUGGGGUGUACACCCCACUACGAAUACGCCAUCGAUGAGUUCUGCCUGGCCAAAUUCAGACUGGAUAUGCAAGAGCUGGACCAGAGUCACUGGUGUAGCUGGGAGGACACAGUCGAACUCUACGGCGAGCUGACAAACUGCACGUUCCUGGUGGCGCUGAAGAUGGAAUGCUUCUGGCCCAACAGGCUGGUGGACGAGUUCUUCAUCCAAGUCCACAAGCACUACUUCCAUGACUGCUCGCUGUCCGGACGGCUCCUCAAGGACCCACCCAAUCGCAUCCUGGGUCCCUUCAUUGUGGUGCCCAUCAUGGUCACCCUCCUCAUGACGGCCCUGGUGGUGUGGAGGAGCAAACGCAGUGAGGGGAUGGUGUAGUGAAGGGCAGGAGGGGGGCCGGGCUCACAAAACUCAAGACAAGAGGUACUUUUUGUCCCCAAGGUUGCAUCAUAUUCACCCUCUGUGACCAAAGGAUCUCUUUUUUUCUGGGUGUUAGUGUUUGGGUAAAGGGUUUAAAUUGGACCAGAAUCACUUUAUUAUGGACCUGGAAGAGGAGCUGGACAAGAUAAAAACCAGAUCCUACUUCAGUGAUGCUUGAUUGCACUGACACCAAUAUGAAGCCUUUGCAGCUCCCAGCUAUUUUUACACCAAUAGUCUGACAUGGAUUGAAACCAUUUAUCUGGUUUACAGAGCAAAGAGUUGUGCACCUGAAUCUGACCAGGACCAGGAUAGUGACUGGUGGAAUAAGACUGUAAAUACAAAAAAUAACUUUCUUGAGAGAAACAGCUUAAAUUUUUUUUUUGGAAUGUGGUGAUAAUGCUACAAUUCAUACGGGAAUUUCACAAAUAUUUUUGGAGACCGUGAAAAUAACUGUUAGCUAUUACAGCAACACAGGAAUGAAACACAGUGCAGAACUUUCCCAGCAGGCCUGCUUUACACUAUUGCUAGACUGCGAAAAGGACAGUUACUUCGACAUCUGUUAGGGAACCCAGGUAUAUCCGAUUUUAUGUGUAUAUACAUAUACUGUAAAUAUAAAUAAUACUAUAUGUAUGAUAUGAGAUGUAUCUGUCAGUGGAUUGUCAGAAUGUCUUUGUAACACAAUCAAACACAACAGCAAACCAUAGUACACUAAAUGAAUUACUCUCAAAUGCAAAUUUUGUGUUUCCAUGUCAUACAAAGAUUUUAACAGACGUGUAUUAUAUUUGAAAUAAACUCAGAAAAAAAAGAUUGGAAACUUGUGUUUGGUGGAUUAUUUCUCUGUUGUUAACAAUGCUAAUUGGCAUUGUAUUUUACAUCGUUGGAAAGCCUGUUUAUUUACCUUC